AUGGCAGAGCCAGCUACAACAGCUGCAGAAGCGGAAGCUGGGGUCCUGCGAAGCUUAUUAGAAGAAGGCGAGGAUCCUCCGGGUACUGGUGAUACAGUGGACAUAUCAAUCAUGGCCAAAGACGUCCCGGUCACUUCUUCUGCUCCUACUUCUACUGUUAACGUUGCUGUGGUCCCAAUCGAUGUCGAGCUUAACAGCCUGGUUGCUCAGCAGCAUGCCGCAGCUCACCAGGCGCGGGCAGCAGCUGCGCUGGAGCAAGCUGAUGCUGCUGAAGAGAGACAAAAUCAAGACCAGCAGCAACAGCAGCAACAGCAACAGCAACAGCAGAACCAGCAGCAACAGCAGUAUCACCAAGAUCCUACAUCACCACAGCUUCAGCAGCAGCAACAAAUGACGCUGGCUUCGAAUUCUCCCCCACCUGCUACUCCUGCACAGGAUUCACCACGACAGCCAGCUGCAUCUGCUCCACAGACAGCACCUAUCGUAAUACCUUCUUCGACAACAGAUAUGGAAGACGAGACGUCAUUGACACCCGGCUCCCCCGACUUGACGUUGUCAUCCGUGCCACCCAGCAUGAGUAUUUGUCUAUGUCAGCAGCCCGCUCGCAUACCAAGACCUCGAAACGCUUUCAUCUUGUAUCGACAGCACAACCAGGCGGCCGUCGUUGCCCAUCACCCUGGAAAGCCGAACCCUGAAAUAUCAAAGAUAAUCGGAGAGAUGUGGCGCACAAGCCCACAGGAUGUCAGAAACAUAUGGCAGAAGCACGCGGAUGAUGAAAAAAAACAACAUCUUCUUCGAUAUCCCGAUUAUCGAUACCAGCCUCGGAGAAACGGUAAAAAGAAUGCCGCGGCUGCAGCUGCAGCCUUUUCAUCUGCAGGCACGGGUGGUGCGUUGUCACCGUCGAUUGAAACCACCAUAUGCUCGUUCUGCGGCGGCCGCACAGGAACUCUUUCUACACCACAGACUCCCGGUACCCCUUCUUCUGCGGUCCCCAAAACCCCGAGAUUGCCGCCACCGCCACAUAUCUCCAGGCCACCCUCUGCCGCACCUCCGCCGGCGAAGAAGAGACGGACAGGGAGCUCUGAGGAUCCUAUUCCUCAGGCCAGCCCUGAGGCAGGCUCAUCUAGUGGUGUAGGGGUCGUUGACCAGGCUGGCGUAGAAGCGCUUCUGCAGCUUGGCCACCUCCAAAACGAGGACGAGUCAAAUGCUGUGGUUGUUACAGAGCUUCAGACGCCGGUCAAGAAGCGGAAACUGAAUGAAGGCUCCCCAAUGACUGGAAUGAUGGGGCCAGGUUCACUACAGCAGGGUUUCUAUACUCACCUCUCACAGUCUGCGCACGAUCCAAAUAUUGACCCAUUCCUCCGGCAAAACGGACUCGAAAGCGAGUCGCCUACAACAGCCACAAGCUUGGAUCACGAGAGUAAUCUGGCCGCCACCUCGCAUUACCAUCAGUUGCCCAAUUUUACGACUCAGCUACCGGACGCAUACGUGAUUAAGUCUAUCCCCAUCCUCGAGAAGAUCAACGCAUUCAGCAAAAUCUGUAAACCUCUCCCUUCCAUGUCUGGGCCAGGCUUUCCCCGCCUGCCCAUAGUCGCAAUCGAAGGUGAAGACGUUGAAACAGUGACCGAACUCUUCCAUGCCCUUGCAAAGGACAUUCGGAAAUCCGAGCCGAUACAUGUGAUUGACGAACCAGAGCUAUUCACGCCUACAGUGGCAGAGGAGACAGCUGACAUAGAAGGACUUCUCAUCCCCACUGGCCUUGACUCCUCUAGCACCGCCUCUCUGGUCCCUGUAAGCAGCACCAAGGACAAAGACCGGCACGACGACGACGAUGAUGCCGCGCGAUACCUCUCUCACGUUGCUUCAUGGCGGCGGCGCUGCGCCGAAAUCAAGAAGGCCGUGACCUCUCCCCCGGGAGGCGACGGCGCCGCCCCCGUGACGAUGAACUUUGGGGAGGAUUCGGCCGUGGAUGCACCGAGCGUGGUGCUGGUCAAUCGCUAUAUGGUUUCGCGCAGCGACGUUGCUGCGGCCAGGUUGGCGGCCGACGGGCUGACGCCAUUGCAGCAUUGGCAGUGGUGCGCGACAGUAUGGAGAGGGUGCGUAGGCCCAGACAUGACCAUCUAUGUCAAUCCUGUACCUGAGGGCGGUGUUCGGAGCGAGGAGGCAGUCGAAGUGCGGGAUAGCGGGCGGAUUGUGUUUGUGCGCAAAGAGGAGGGGGUUCGAAAGGAGUGGGAUGAAAAAAUCGUGAGGAGACUAGGGUUCGAGGUGGGGGAAGUAGUUAGAAGCCUGAGGGGAUUCGGUGCGUGA